CUUAGUCAGGUCUUCCCGGUAGACCCCGCCGUGUCUGCCGCUGUUUUCCUUGUGUAUCAAUGGCUGGCAUGUCAAGGUGCUUGGCCGUGCUGCUGCUCCUUUCCCUCAGCGAUGCCCAGCUGAUGCGUCGCGACUCCUCUCGUGCGGCGAGCCGCCGAUCGCGGCUGCAGGGAGCGCUGAGGGAAGCGCUGGCGAAGGUCUCGGCUGAGCAGGUCCUGUUUGUGGAGGAAAGCCUACGUGACAGUUACGAGGCCUUUCCCAAAGAUGCGAAGGGCAACCUGCCACCGCAUUCGGCCCUGCCAGCCUUGGCGCGGGCAUACUUUGCCAAGGAGCAUGGCUGGUUGAUCCGUGGCUUAGAGAGCCCAGGCGCUCCCAUCAUCGCGCCGGGGGAGAGCUAUCGCGAAGCAACGCAAGGCCAUGGAGCUGGAGAUCUCUAUGAGGUUCAUGCUCUGCAGGACAAGGCUCCGGAGCUGGCUGCCGCCUUGAAGGAAGCGGCCCUGAGUCCCGUGGCCAGCUCUCGAGGAAUGUCCUUGGCGGAUAUCUCCCAGACGGUGGCAGCGCUGGAACAGAUCUUGCUGGAAGAAUCAGUAGGCUUGCUCAGGGCUGCCUACGUUUUGAACGAGCUGGAAAGCGAUAUGGACCGAGUGCCUGCUCCCAUCACCGUGGAAGACGCGCACGAGGUUUUGCUCUCGUACUUGCUGCUCUUCCGUCAUGGCUUACCACAUGAUUUGGAGGAUGCCAAGAAGCAUCUUCAAAUGAAGCUGCGUGCUCGCAAAACUUCAGAGUGGAAGGGCAUGCAGAGUUUCGAAGCACAGGCCUUGAACAGCAGCGGCAAGCUUGCUUGGACAGAUCUCAAAGAGCGAGUUAUGCUCUUGGCAAAACUGUAUGGACGCUGGCAAAAUCGUGAAUGUGAGGAUAUGAAGUCUACCCUGGUGAAGAUGGGAGAUUCAGGUCGGGUGAAGUUGAAUGACUUCCACGGAUCACCGAAAUACCCCCAGUACCAGUUCACUGAGAAAGAAGAAUACCUGCAGCAGGCAGGAAUCUUGGAGGAAGAGAAUGGUGAGCAUCUUGCUGGCAGCUGGCAGUGGGGCAUCGUGGUGCCGGAAGUACGUGUUGAUUGCCAACUAUUUGCUGGGCGCGUCCAAUUGCAUCGCUUCCUCCGAAUACUUCGCUGUGUGCUGCUUGAACGAAUGCGAAACGCUGCUGAAUCACUUCGAGGCGUCGUUCCAAAUGCCGGGUGCGGCCCUGGAGCAGGUGCAACACUUGGCAUCUGAACUGAACGCCUCAGCGGUGUCAGAGCUGAGCAGUGCGGCUGAUGCCAGUGGUGUGGUGGUUUGGCACAGCCCCGCAUUCAGGCGCUGGCUGCACCGUGCCUUUCCACUGCAAUGCCCUCGGCCGACGGCCCUGGAGGAUGAAGCGGUGGAAGCGGAACUCACCGAAGCCAAGGAAUGGAUGGAAAUCGAUGAAGCCGCCCGACAGAAACUACAUCCACUGGUGCUUCAUCCAUCGGAGUGCACUCGUCUUCCCGAAUGGCAUGAAACGCCUGAAGAGUCAGCUGCAUUGGAGGUGUGACCACAGACCAACAACCGCGUUGCGUUG